UUUUUUUUUAUUCUUUCACAAAAACCUUCAGCAUGGGAAACUUUGGCGUAUCCUCCAGCUCAGGGUGACUUUGCUGUUUACACUAUAGACGAUUUAGAGAGCGGAAUCAAUUUUGCAGUUAAAGGGUAUUACAAUGCGGAAGAGGACGCCAUCGGUUACUUCCAGCGUACAACUAGUGACGUAAUGGUAAUACAAGUGAAAUACUUUGAUUUUCCUGGUUUCAAAGACGCUAAUGUCACACAAGGUGUUAUAAUUCAAGACAAAACAUUUUCUGCCGAUCCUGGCCUUCCGAAACAAAACCAGAAGCACGAUUAUGAUAUUAUUAAAGAAUUAAUAGGCAAUGGUUUGGAACAACCGAUCAAACGAAUGUUGUCGACAGAAUUACGUUUUUCGAUACAUUCCGUACGGGUGUAUGAGAAAGUGAGACUAGCACGAUGUUUACGUGUUCAAGGCUGGGUGACAUUCAACGACAUGGACAACAAUGGACAAGUUAUUGUCAAUUUGGAAACAUUGACUAGAAGAAUCAAAUGUGAACAUUUAAACAUUACUAUAAAAGAUUGGGCUUUGGAAAAUACAUCAGAAUCACUGGGAGCAGUUCUGAUUGUUUUCUGUUUAUUGUCCUUGUUUGCAUCUGUGGCAAUCAUAUUAUUAGCUGUGUAUAUUUUCAUGAAAACUAAAAGCUACAUGAAAGUUAAUUAUGUACGCUACUACAACCCAGUAGACCCAACUGAAAAAGAUUUGCCAAUGAGGGAGUAUUGGAGGUUGGUCAAUUUCUGGGAAAUAGCAGUGUUAAUAUCAGAUAUUCUUACUCUAUAUGGAACCAUUUGGAUCGUGUUUGAAAAUGAGCACAGUGAGUGGAUAGUAGAAACGCUUGAUUCCUACACAGUCUGGCUUGGUGUCGGCUGCAUCUUUGCGUGGAUAAGUCUUUUGCGUUUCUUCAAAUUCCACAAUAAAUUCCAUUUAUUGUUCAGCACCUUAUAUAAAGCUUCCGGGAACGUGUUGGCGUAUCUGCUAUGUGUGACUGUUUUGUUUAUAGGCUUCUGGAUGGGUGGAUUUGUCGUUCUUAGCCCUUAUCAUGUCAAAUUCAGGACACCGGAGACCGCUGCAGAAACAUUAUUUUCCAUGGUUAACGGCGACGAAAUCUUUACCACUCUAGCCAUAUUGGAAACACACAAAACUGGCGGGAAAUGGGUUUGGUGGUUUUCGAGAUUUUACUUUGGCGCUUACAUUGCAAUCUUCACAAUCGUUGUCAUUAACCUCCUUAUCGCCAUCUACAUGAGCGCGUAUGAAACCAUAAGGAAUUAUUACAGGGAGACCCCGGAGGAACGAGAUUUAGGACCAAUGGAAAAAGCGUUGAGAAAGUAUCUGAGCGAGCAAAAAGAACAACAUAAUCCGAUUCGUGCGUCCAUAUAUACUUUACUUACAGAUAAGCGGCAAUUUUCGAAAGCGGAAGGUUCUCUGCGAGAGGAGAUGCAGAAGUUAGUUCGAGUGGCGAACGACAAGGUCAUUCUGGUCAAACCAAGAACGCUGCGAGCGUUUAUGAAUGAAGAAGACGAUACAUCCACAGUCAUAAAAUGUGGUUGUUUUAAUCUUUCAUUCCUUACUUUCUUCAACAGGCAAAAAUAAUCCGUAAACUUUUUAAAAAUUGGAAAAUGCUCACUUAACAGAAAAUUUGGUCUUCAUAUCAAUUGCAAUACAUGUAUUGGAGGCAUUAUGUUAUAAAAAAUGCAGAAAAAUAUCGACACUUAUUAAGUGUUAACAAUGUACUCUGUAAAUUUAAAACUUUAAAAGUAUGAAUUUCAACCUAAGUUAAACAAUAUAAUAUGAUAAUAAAAUGUAAUCAAAA